CUUCCUUCAUCACUUCUCUCUACCUUCAAACACACAAUUCCAUAUUAAGUAUUCAUCAAUGGCGGCUUCUACCAAAUCUUCUUUCUCUCUUUUCCUUCUUCUCCUCCUCGUUGUUUUGGGUUCGUCCAAAGCUCAUCCACUUAAAGCUUGUAUGUUUGACGCUAUAUACCAACUCGGCGACUCAAUCUCCGACACCGGAAAUCUCAUUCGUGAAAACCCCAACACUCCUUUUUCUCAUCUUCCUUACGGCCAAUCUUUCUUCAACAAUCCCACCGGUCGAUGCUCCAAUGGUCUACUUAUGCUUGAUUUCUUUGCCUUAGAUGCCGGACUUCCUUUGGUGACUCCUUAUUUGAAUAAAGAUGGUUGGAUGGAUCAUGGAGUCAACUUCGCAGUGGCUGGUUCUACAGCUUUACCUUCUCAAUAUCUUUCUACAAAUUACAAAAUUUUAUCUCCGGUUACCAACUCUUCUCUCGACCAUCAACUUGAAUGGAUGUUCUCUCAUUUCAACUCUAUUUGUCACGAUCAAAGAGAUUGCAAUGAGAAAUUAAGGAGUGCUUUGUUCUUGGUGGGUGAGAUUGGUGGCAAUGACUAUAACUAUGCCUUAUUCCAAGGAAAAACUAUACAAGAGGCCAAACACAUGGUACCAGAUGUUGUUCGAACCAUUAAGAGUGCGGUUGAGAAAGUAAUAAGCUACGGUGCUACUCGAGUUGUUGUUCCUGGAAACUUUCCCAUUGGAUGCUUCCCUAUCUAUCUCACUGGAUUCCAUACUAACGACACAUCCGCUUAUGACGAGCUUCACUGUCUAAAGGAUUUGAAUGGUUUAGCAACCUAUCAUAACGAUCAAAUCAAACAAACCAUUGAAGUACUCAAAAAGGAGAAUCCACAGACGGUUAUCGUAUAUGGUGAUUAUUACAAUGCAUUUCUAUGGGUUAUUCGUCAUGCUUUUGUUCUAGGAUAUGACGAAGAAUCAUUGCAAAAAUCAUGCUGUGGGAUUGGAGGAGAUUACAAGUUUAACCUGAUGAAAAUGUGUGGAGCAGCUGGAGUUGAAGCUUGUCCAAAUCCUAAUGAACAUAUCAGUUGGGAUGGAGUCCAUUUGACACAAAACACUUACAAGUUCAUGACUCAUUGGCUCAUCCAUCACAUUUUCCCUAAAUUGCAUUGCAGCAUUCUUUAAGUUUUUAAUUUUCUGUUAUUUAGUUAGGAAAUUAUAUAAACUUCUCAAUUUUAUUAAUAAA